AAAGAUUAUUUACCGCGACACGUAUCGCCCCCAAAAGCACCAAUGCGCUGAAUCGAACUUCCAACUUCCUUUUCCGCCUUGGGUUGAUGCCGGUUAGCAAGAUGAAGCUUUGGUUGGCAGUGCUUGCUGCUUUUUGUUCGGUCCUGUGCUGUAAUGGGGACAACGCUCGAUUGUUAGCGUCUAAGAACAUAUUGAACCAAUAUUUGGUUGAAGGCAGGGAUCUCACAGUGCAAUACAGCAUUUAUAAUACUGGAGGAAGUGCUGCCCUGGACGUCAACUUGAAGGAUGAUGGGUUCCCAGAGGCUGACUUUGAGGUUGUCCGUGGUAACCUGAAUGUUCGCUGGGAGAGAAUUGCUCCUGGCACCAAUGUGACACAUUCCGUCAUCCUUAGACCUCUUCAAUAUGGCUACUUCAACUUCACCUCUGGUGAGGUCAGCUACAAGGACUCUGAAGAUGCUAAAGAGGCUGUGUUUGGAUAUACCAGUGCACCUGGAGAGGGCGGUAUUGUUAACAGCAAAGAAUACGACAGACGUUUCUCCCCUCAUGUUCUGGACUGGUGCGUGUUUGCUGUAAUGACACUUCCAUCACUGGUUAUUCCAUUCCUACUCUUUUAUAGAAGCAAAAGUCGAUAUGAUCAGCCCAAGACGAAGAAAAAUUAAAUUAUGUACAUCAUAUUUUCAUUUUUUUUUUUAAUAAAAUAUUUUUAAAAAAUG